AUCUUGUUUUGUGGUGUCGGCUAGCAAGCUGGGUAAGUUGUAUCAAAUGUACAACGUAAUGAUGGACUAUCUUGUUGUUAAAUUACUAUAGUAGUCACCUGGCAAACAUCAGCCAGGACACCAAAAUGACAACUGUUGGAAAGUACAGCGAUGAAGAAAAGGUUUUGCAGUAUGAAACGUUUAUUAGUGAUGUGUUGAAACGAGAUUUGGAGAGGGUAUUGAAGCAAAGAGAUGAAGUGUAUGAGAAAAUUGCACAGUAUGUACAAUUGAAAAACACCAUUGAAAGCCUGAAGAAAUUGAGACUCAUCAGACCAGGCAACAUUCUUCCAGUCUUCAACUAUCCAAUUUUGGAACCAGAGAUGAGGGGACUCAAAACGGAGAUUGAUAUUGGCUGUAAUUUCUAUGUUCAAGCACAUGUGGAGGACUCGUCAAAAAUCUUUGUUGCUGUUGGUUAUGGUUUUUUCGUAGAGUUGACACACUCAGAAGCUCUGAAGUUCAUUGCAAAGAAGACAAAUCAGCUUAUAGCACACACUGAGGUGUUGACUAAAGACUCUGCAAAAAUAAAAGCCAACAUUCGCAUGGUGUUGGAGGGGUUAAGAGAGCUUCAAGGUCUUCCAGAUGGACCAGAAACAAAGAGGAGAGAUGCUCUCUAGCUGCACUUGUGCUUUUGGUCUGCUUGUACUUUUUAGAAUUAGCUUUUGGUUACAUUAACUUGAUGUUAAGACUGUAUUUGUUUCAGUUUUUUCUUGAAACAAUUAAAACUGUCUGAGGGGGAAAAAUUGUUAAACUGUUUAUAAUCCAUAAACCUGUCAUUCAGUAGCUAAUAAAAUAAAAAGUAUCUUUUAAAA